AUGUUCCGAUCGUUCUGCAUGGCGAAUAAUCUGAGAAACCUGGCCGACACACAUCUUCUUACGGAGAUACUCCAGGAGCUCGCGCCCUGUCUCGAGCAAACCUUCAACGGCGAUUCGAGGAACCCCGCCCCCACACUUGCAGAUCUCGGACUUCCAGCCGACGAGGCGGUCGUUCCCGAUCUCUCCCAAUCCACACCCCUUUCACCUGCCCUCUACGACGCUCUGCUCCGCCGACUCUCUAGUGACGCUCACCUGUCCGAGAGGAUCAGUUAUCGAUCGUUCGAUACUCCUGUCGAUCUAUCUACGCCGAUCCUGAAUCCAAAUGCCCAAAUCCUCCCCGCAGUCAUGCAUCGCGGUCGACGGUACACGAACGUCGCCCACAACGCCGGCGACAGCCAGGUGGUAUACCUACGCGCCCAUGGCGCAACUACCCUCAACUACGGCCAGAUUCAAUCUAUCUUCCUCCACCAAAGAUAUAUCCAAGCUGGAGAGAUGCGCCAACAGGUUUUCGCGGUCGUGAGGGCGUACCGCGCCCUUUCCGCAGCCGAUUCAAGAAUGGAUCCUUACCGAGCACAUCGCGGAUUAGGCGCACGAUUGGUCUACGCUCGACUUGAGCCUGUCCUUGAAGUGAUACCGAUGCAGUACAUCGUUUCGCACUACGUCUCCUGUCCGUACGACCCGGUUUCCCCACCAAAUGGAAAUCUGACCCUUCAAUCGGGAUGUUUGGUCGUUGUCGCAUUGGACGAGGGAUGGAACUACUAA